AUGAUCACGAAACGGCAAAGUUGUAGUCGAAGUAGCUUUACUGAAGAUGAAUUAGAUUAUAGUGAAAAUUCACCAAUUAUCAAGAAAAUAUCAACAACAAGAAAAAAAUCUUAUAAAAAAUGGACAAAAGAAGAAGAUGAACGUUUACGAGAAUUUAUUAAUUCUCAUGAUGGUUUUAAAGAUUGGUCUAGUAUAUCAAAAUAUGUGGGUAAUGGUCGUACAGAUGCUCAAUGUCAACAUCGUUGGGAACGUUUUCUUGAUCCAUCAAUAACAAAAGGACCAUGGACAGAUGAAGAAGAUAAAAAAGUUAUUGAACUUGUACAAGAUUAUGGUGCAAGACAUUGGAGUUUAAUUGCAAAAGAAUUAAAAGGACGUGUUGGAAAACAAUGUCGUGAAAGAUGGCACAAUCAUCUUAAUCCAUUGAUAAAUAAAAAUCCAUGGACAAAUGAUGAUAAUCUUCGUUUAUUUAUAUUACAUCAACAUUUUGGGAAUAAAUGGGCAGAAAUAGCGAAAUAUUUUAAUGGAAGAUCUGAUAAUUCAAUUAAAAAUCAUUGGAAUUCAUCGAUGAAAAAGAAAUUUUAUUUAGAAGUUGAAAAUCUUAAAAAACAAGGACUUGAUUGGACAGCACUAAUUCCAUCGGAUUUUUCUUGGCCAAAAUUCGAUCAAUCAACUUCAACUACUACUAAUCAUUCAUCUCGGAUGGCAUUAGGUACAUUAACAAAUCGAACAACACAAAUACGAUCUUCACAUAGGAAAGAAACUAUAGCCGAGAAUAUACUAUCACCUGUAUCUAUUAUUAAAACAGAAAGUUUUGUACCAAAUGUGAACAGUAAUAAUAAUCAUCAACAAAUUUUUCCAACUAUUCAACAUCAUGAUUUUAAAAUUUCAUCACCACAACAUGUUGAAGCUAUUUAUUCUGAUCCAAUUCAGUCUAUAUCUUCGUCUGAAGUCUCGACCGAUCUUCUUCGACAUCAAUCAUCUCAAGAUCUCGAGCAUUUAUUCUAUUAUAAUUCUCCAUCACCAAUUCUGCAAUUACCAAUGUUAUCCUCUUCUGCUAAUUAUACACCUUUGUCAAGUCAAAAUUCUCAGCCUGAACAACAACAACAUCAUCAAUCAUUAUUUCAUUCUCAAUCAUCAAUUGAUUAUUAUCCAUUACAUUCACAUACAAGAUCAUCAUCAUUACCUGUAUUUACUUGUUCAUCACAAUCAUCAUUAUCACCACAUAUAUCGUUACUUUCAACAGAUACAAAUUUAUUUGCAAAUGAUGAUACAUAUCUAGUAAAAUAUCAUGAAAAUAUAAUUGUUUCACCGACAAAUAUUUCAAAUACAUCAUCACCUUCAAAAUAUCAUGUACUUAAUACACCAGAACGACCACAUUUAAUUUGUCUAACACCAAGUCCAAAACGAGAUUGUUUCAAUGAAUAUCUUCCAUUUUCUGAACCAAUUAUUUCUGAAAGUUAUCCAUCAAUAUGUUUCAAUAAAUAUGAUAUAUCCAAAAAUUUGCAAGAAACGCUUGGAUAUAAUCCAACAUAUACAGAAAUCCUACUCGGACAAACACGUGAUCAACAUUAUGUAACUGAACAAGCUCGUCGAUAUCUAUGUUAUUCUUCAUUCAAUAAUUCCUAG